UUUGCUUCAGGAAGUGAUCUUUUCUUCAAAUUAAAUAUCAUCGUAAGUUUAUUAAUUAGCAUGAUGAUGAAAUCCUUAUGGAAAAGCCUUCAACAGAAGUGUAUGAAGCAAAAGAGUGAAGUUGACGAUAGUAGUGUGUCAGUGCAUGGUGAUGACUUGGUUGUUUUGCCGCCAAAUUGCAAUUGUUGCAUAGAGGAAAACAAAGAAUGUAACUGUGACCACGUUAAUGCCGCAGAAGAGCGUGAUGAUAACGCCAACAGUUCUUUUACUCAUGCUGUCAUCAACAUGGUGGGGAUGCUCAUAGGUCUAGGGCAACUAUCAACUCCAUAUGCAGUACAAAAUGGAGGGUGGUCCUCUACAUCCUUGCUUGUGGGACUAGGGGUGAUGUGUUCUUAUAGUUCUCACAUACUUGGAAAAUGCCUCAAAAAGAAUCCCAAGUUAAGAAGUUUUGUGGACAUUGGUAAGCAUGCAUUUGGAGCGAAAGGAAGAUUAGUGGCUUCAACAAUCAUCUACAUGGAGAUCUUCAUGGCCCUUGUUUCCUACACCAUCUCAUUACAUGAUAAUUUGAUCACAGUGUUUUUGGGGACAAAUUUGAAGCUGCACUUGCCUAAUUUUUCUUCAUCUCAGCUCCUAACAGUGGUGGCAGUCUUUAUUUCCAUGCCUAGUUUGUGGAUCAGAGACCUUUCCUCCAUAUCUUUCCUUUCAAGUGUAGGUAUUCUCAUGUCUCUACUCAUUUUCUUGUGUGUUGUAGCCACUGCACUUUUAGGUGUUCAUCCCAAUCAUACCAUACCUGUCCUCCACCUCCGUAACAUUCCAUCAGUAUCUGGCCUUUACAUCUUCGGAUAUGGAGGACAUAUUGUGUUCCCUGAUUUAUACAAGGCCAUGAAAGACCCCUCCAAAUUUACAAAGGUCUCUAUUGUGAGCUUCGCAGUAGUUACAGCAGUGUAUACAACAUUGGGGUUCAUGGGUGCAAAAAUGUUUGGUAAUGAUGUAAAGUCUCAGAUCACACUCAGCAUGCCACCAGAGCGCAUUGUGACAAAGAUUGCUCUGUGGGCAACCGUGGUGACACCAAUGACCAAAUAUGCACUUGAAUUCACACCAUUUGCAAUUCAGCUAGAGCAUGCACUUCCAAGUUCCAUGAGUGGCAGGACCAAAAUGAUAGUUAGGGGCUGUGUUGGUUCAUUUUCACUUUUGAUCAUCCUAACCCUUGCUCUGUCAUUUCCAUAUUUUGAGCAUGUACUUAGCCUCACUGGUUCCCUUGUUAGUGCGUCUGUUUGUUUGGUUUUGCCAUGUGCUUUCUACAUUAAGAUAUGUUGGGGUCAGAUUUCAAAGCCUAUCUUACUCAUAAACCUCUCUCUCAUCAUAUUUGGCUUUAUUCUUGCCGUCAUGGGUACCAUUUCCUCAUCACAGUUACUUCUGAAGAAUUUUCAGUUACAUCACUCAACUUGA